AUGGCGGAGAUGUACUCGGGGCUCCACGUGGGCCAACGUUUCAGCUCGCUGGAGGAAUUUAAAGGACUGGUUCGAAGUAUUUCCGUGAGACAACACUGGGAGCUUCGAGUGACCAGAAGCAACAAGAAAAGCGUUGUCAUAGGCUGUCGAUCUUCGAACAAUUGCUACUUUCGUGUUGUGUGCCGCGCGAACAAGAAUGCAACUUACAUCAGCAGCCUCCAGGACAGCCACAGUUGUCGUCGCAAUGCCACUUCAACCUCGAAGACACCAGCUCGAUCGGAGGCAUCGCAUGUGCGGUUCCUCCUGACUGAAAUCCCCAAGCUAUUCGACAUGAAAAACAAAAUCAGGGCGCAAGACGUUGUGGACGCUGUGAAACGAUACCAUGGCUAUGACAUCUCGAUGCGACAAGCGCAACGAGCUCUUAUCCGCCUACAGCAACAUGAAGCGCAAAACCAGAGCGAGGGCACCAACACUCAUGACUCUAGUGGAGAUGACCGACAGGACAGCCAACCGCCUCCUUUAGAGAGUCAGGCGGAGAGUUCGACUUUCGGCAGUCUCUCUAGUCAAAGAUGGAUUACAGACACUCUCCAAACCACCAUCAUGGAAAACAUACCUCAAGAUGAGGUUCACCGGGAUCAAGCUAUUUCGGCAUCACAACUUCACAGCCAACCUGUACAUCCGCCGCCUCAGGUACAUCACCAGGUGCAGCCCACACAACAAGCGCCGCCGGCUGAGGUCCUGUCACCAGAACAGACACCCCUAGGUCAUAGCCUGCAUCACCCCGCAAGUUCCCAGCAGUCUCCUUAUUCAGUCCCUGCUCCUGAUCCAGCACCACCUUCGGACGCUGGGCGCCCAAAGAAUCCGACUCAACCGCGACCAAAUGAUGGGCAGCUUACCAGCCCACCAUUCGUUCUGACCAACUUCAAAAUCGAGUUUACUUGCGCCACAUGUGGUGCACCAAACCAGAGCUUCUUUCCUAAUCACGGCAACGUCACUGGUGGGCAUUAUGCCCCCCAGCAUACUGUUCCUAGUCAGGGCGCAACUUCAGCCAGUGCGGGUCCUUCGAUACAAUCGAUUCAAAACAGUGAUGGUAGUAGCCGCGCCGGAGGCGGUCCAGCUUUUGAAGGUACCUCUGUGGCAAGCACACGUGGCGUACAGCAGCCUUGGACAGCAAGAACCAUGGAAGUUCCACUUACACAUGCGCAUCCAUAA